AUGGAUAUCCUGCCAAGCUGCUUCCAGAAAGAUUUCCUGGCGUUUUCCGAAAAGUUUGUGUUUGAGAACACCAGCCUUUCCGUCACCAAUACUACUGUGUCAUCCCCGACCGGCCACUCGACGAGGAGCCAUGCCAGCCAGAAGCAACAACAAAGGAGUGUCCUUGGCACGCGCCCCAGACUCCCUAGCGAAGUCUCGAACCUUAGCAACUUGACGACGCUGCCGCUUAACGAGAAAGACAUCAACCCACAUGCUCUGGCGCGCAAGAUGGCGCAGCUGCAGGGGCCGUACAACAAGUAUCUGCAACAGCAGCUGCAGCUGCAGCAGCAUCAUCAUCAUCCAGAAACUUUGCAGAAUCCGGAAGCCUACUCCAACAAUCCUUUUAGGCAGUCUGGAAUGCCUCGGCAGCAUCAUCCCCAUCAGCCCCAGCAACAGGGUCAACAGGACUCGACCGUGAAGCAAGACGAGUACCAUGCCGCCGCCGACGACGACAACAACAACAACAAAGACAACGAAUACGACGACAAUCCAAACGAAAUCUACGGCCCCCCCCGUCCGACCGUUGCGGAAAGCAGAAGCGCUCUUCAAGAGGCCAUCGCCGACGGCAACUCGCAGCUCCAAUACCUGAGACGUACCUUCUUCGAGCAGCAGCUCAUAACGAACACACUGGCCGAGCAGUGCCAGGGCCUGGCCGAGAAGAUCCAAGUAAACAUGUUCAAGCUCUACCAGCUCGGCGGCCCGGAGCAGAUACAGGAACACCAGCGGCAGGACGUUGUUGACGGGACGGCCCAUCACAGCGGCGGAGGAGACAGAGUCGCAUUGAACAUGCAAGCCCAGCGGAUUUAUCAGGAUAUUGUUGGAGGCUAUGCUCCGCAGCAGCAGCAUCAGCAGCAUCAGGAUCAGGACCAGCAGGUGCAGGUGCAGCAGCAUCAGCAGCACAGUGGCGGCCUCUCGACUGCCUUGUCAGAGAAACAGGGACGGAAGAAGGGCAAACAGAGGGGCCGAGGCGGAGGAGGCAGUCUGCAGGCAAUGUGGCAGGAAUAG